AUGUUCUACAUGCAGGUGUCACUUCCCACGAAGAUCCAUGUUCUGUUCCCUGCCCUGGCGAUGGUUUUUCUUGACGUACCCCAACCGCAUCCUGCCUGGCAUGUCGACUACGACACAACUGUUUUCUACUACCCAAUGAAUGCCAGCAUCACUUCCAGACCGUUGACACCGUUCUUGUGUCCGGCAGCGCCACUGCUCCCGGCAGCGUCACUUGACUUGCGGCCGGAAUACCUAUCGCCACCAACAUCAAUUCGGCCAUCAGUUAUAGAAGAGCAGGCGCGCACGGAGGCGUUUUGUGGGCCCGGCUGCUGUGCUUCAACAGAGCACGCUAAUCCGCUGAUGUUCUACAUGCAGGUUAGUAAAUCAUACAGUCUUUUCACGAAGCGUUCAAGUAAUUACUUUCUACUGCAGCUGCCGGGCCCACAUUGCUGCCUUUCAAUUGUUGUUCAGUGUUGUGAUGUUAUUCGCUCUUUAUUGUUGCUGGCGGGUGACAUCGAAACUAACCCUGGACCCGAUAGUCAAGCCGUACUAAAGGAACUUAAGAGCCUAUCCGCAGGUCACUCGCAACUGAUCACCGAGAUUCAAGGCAUCAAGUCUCAGUUACUAACAACUGACAAAGCAAUAUCAGAUCUGAGCGUGCGCAUGAAGAACCUGGAGACCCACUACCAAAACCUAAUCCCCUUGCGUUCUGAUAUAGAAAGCGUGAAGAAUGAUGCUGCCCGUGCAGCACACACAAUGCACAGGCUGGAAGCGCGUCUUGAUGAUGCCGAGAAUCAUUCUCGGCACAACAAUCUAAUUUUUUAUGGUAUUGUUGAAUCUUCAGGGUCAGAGUCGUUCGCGCAAUCGGAGCAUAUAAUCAUUGACCACUGUCGCAAACAUAUGAGCAUCACGCUUGACCCCAAAGAAAUCGAGCGCGCGCACCGCUUGGGCACUCGUGCAGCUAAUCGUAACCGCCCUAUAAUAGUGAAGUUCACCUUUCAUAAAACAAAAAAUCUUGUUCUUUCUAACGGCCGUAAAUUUAAAGGAACAAACUCCAGCGUUGGCGAGGAUUUUACGCGUCCUGUUGAAUUGGCCCACACACACCUUCUUUCAUUCGCAAAAAGCAAAUCGGCACCUUACUCCCUGCGCUUUAAAACUCUGUUUAUGGGUAAUAAGCGCUAUGUUUUCGACGACCGCACACAGAGUGUGAAAGAAUUGCAAUAG